UUUUUAUUUUGAUCUUCGGAAGCUACGGAUCGUUUGUCGUAUUAUUUAAAUUAAAUUUUCAUAAUUUGAAACAAUUAUAUCAUAAUGGUUAAAGAGUUAAAUUGUUGCUUAAAAUUCAUUAAGGCUUGGAUCCUAUUAUAUUGCUUUGCAAAUACUGCUUUUGGCCUCAUAGUAUUAUUCAUUGGCGACCUAAUUCGAAGUGUAAUCCAGUUUAUAACUGAAAAAAUACAUGUGGGACCAUACAUUUUUGGAUGUCUAGUUCUUGCAAUGUCUAUAAUUUGUGUUUAUGGGAUCAUUGGAGACAAUUCAAUAGCUGUUUCAAUUUUCGGUUUAUACUUUUUAGUUUUCCUGUUCCUCUUCAUAUUUAGGGCUAACCACAAAUAUUUAGAAACUGAAGACAUUGUUACUAUAUGCGCACUUCUGCUGGGAGGCAGUAUUCCACCCUUCAUAUUAGCUUGUAACUUGUAAUUAUUAUAAUUUGAGUAAUGUUAUGGGUUUUAUUAACCUUUUAAGAGAAAAUUAUGUCCUGAUGGAGUAUAAUAUUUUUCUAUUGAAAUGUUCCUUUUUAUUUUAACUCUUUGGAUUAAUAAUAUAUGCGCUAAACCGAUUUUGUAAUUAAGAUGGUACGAAGAAAUAUUCACAAAUAAAAAACUCCCUUUCGAAUAAUAAGAAAAGAAAAUUUUAUAAAAUCGUUGAAAUAUUUUUUGUUAAAAACUUAGUUGUCACGACAGCAUCAAACAAUUUUUAAAAAUAGAAACAUUGCCUUCCAAUCAAAACCACUGAGCAAAUCAUUUUGUUAAUCAGUCUAGUAGCCCUGCCUCAGUACUCAGAACCAAAAAGAGCUCAACCUUAUCAUGAAUUUAUUUUCUGUAAUCAAGACUUGAAUUUUAAUUGCUCCCUUCGAAGACUGAUAAAUGGGCUAAAUGCUGCGAACAACGUCACAACGUAUUUAUUGAAAACGUCACUUUCGAAUUAAAAAUGUUCUUAUCAGAAUUUAAAUAAAAUCAUGUUAUUAAGUAUAUUUUUUCGUAUGAUUUAUUCAUUAUUUAAUAAUUAAAAUGAUUAUUUUAAACAACCUGCUUAUUGAAAAAUUGACUUAGUUGUUGUCACGACAGCAUCUCCCCAAACAAUUUCUAAAAUUAGAAAAGUUCUCGCGCAAAAAAAACCACUGAGCAGAUCAUUUUGUUGAUCAGUCUACGUUCUGCCGGCUCUGCCUCAGUUCUCAGAGCAAAGAAAAAUUCACUGAAAGAUAUCGUAAAUUUGUUUCAAAUAAUAAUGAAUCAAGACCUGAAGUUGAGUUGCUCCCUUCGAAGUCUAAAAAACGGGCUAAUCGCUGCGAACAUAGUAUUCAUCUUUCUUGGCAUAUAUUUUCUCUUAGGGCCUUGGGGCCCCCACUUUGUCUUCACGGGAACGGUUAUGCUCGUAGUGGCUUCUUUGGGAAUUUUUGGAUUGGUGAAGCAAUAUGUUUUCUUCAUUCAUUUGUACGCACUGAUGCAGUCUAUUUAUCUAGUCCUGGAGUUCCUCAGAUUCCUCGAGUGCUACGGAAAAAGAUUUUCCUUCAAAAAGUAUUUCCAUACUGUGGUCCCCCUUUUGGUAAUAGCCUUUUUUCAGGUAAUAGCUGUGAUUUGUGCCAUUAUCUUGGCCAGAGCGGUGGAACGCCGCAAGUCAUCCUGUUCCCAAGCUAUUGAUGGCGCCAAAGAGUUGCAAGUAUAGAUAUUGAGAAAAAUUGUUGGAAGAAGCCAUUUAAUCAAUAAAAUAAUAUUUCUACUAAA